CGCGUUUCCGCGACUCGAACGCGCCCACCACACUCAUCGCCCGCACGCUUGAAACAAUCAAGAAGCUUUUUAGCCGACAUCACGCAGUUCAUAGGGAGCAUUUACACGACCAAGACGCGGCGAAUAGCCCAUAAGGGCCAUCAUGGCGCGCAAGAGCAAUGGACGCGAGUCUGACCCCUCGACGGCAAAUAACUCGGCCCACGAAGACGUCGAAACGCAGGACCAGGACAAAAUUGAAGGCUUCAAGAAGUUUGGGUACAAUCUGGACACACCCGACUACACAGACUCGGACACACAACCCAACACCACAGCUAGCAGCGUGACAGGAGAUGCGCCAGUCGACGGCCGGAAACGACGCGCCGAGCAGAUGAACAUGCGUAAGAGCAUCUACGGAAAGAAGCACGACCGCCUGGGCGCGUCAAAGGAAGACGACACAGUUCGACGUUUCCGAUACCUGCUCGGCCUGACAGACCUGUUCCGUCACUUCAUCGACACGAACCCCAACCCGCACAUCAAGGACACUAUCGCCAAGAUCGACGCACAAGACGUAGAAGAGGCCAAGAAGUCGAAGGCUAGCAAGGUGCGCAAGGGCGGAGCUGCUGCCGAGCGUCGUCGUAAGACCGAACAAGAGGAGGAUGAUGAGCUUGUGCGUGAGGAGAAGCAUGGCGGACACAACGAGACCGUCUUCAGAGAGUCGCCAGGCUACAUCCAGGGGGGCACCAUGCGUGACUACCAAGUCGCUGGUCUCAACUGGCUGAUAUCGCUGCACGAAAACGGUAUCUCUGGUAUUCUGGCCGACGAGAUGGGCCUCGGAAAGACUCUUCAAACCAUCUCCUUCCUCGGUUAUCUGCGCUUCAUCGCCGGCAUUAAUGGACCCCACCUGGUUGCUGUACCGAAGUCGACACUGGACAACUGGAGGCGUGAAUUCGCCAAGUGGAUUCCCGAGAUCAAGGUCCUUGUCUUGCAAGGAAACAAGGAAGAGCGUGCUGUGCUCAUCCGUGACGAACUGGUCGAUGAGAACUUCGAUGUCUGCAUCACAAGUUACGAGAUGAUUUUGCGCGAGAAGGCUGCCCUAAAGAAGUUCGCUUGGGAGUACAUCAUCAUCGACGAAGCGCAUCGUAUCAAGAACGAGGAGUCUUCCCUCGCUCAGAUGGUCCGCAUGUUCAACUCUCGCAACCGACUCCUGAUCACUGGUACCCCGCUUCAGAAUAACCUCCACGAGCUGUGGGCUCUCCUCAACUUCCUAAUGCCAGACGUGUUCGGCGACUCUUCCGCAUUCGACGAGUGGUUCUCGCAGCAAAAUGAGGACUCGGACACCGUCGUGCAACAGCUCCACAAGGUCCUGCGACCUUUCUUGCUUCGACGUGUCAAGGCCGAUGUCGAGAAGUCUCUUCUGCCCAAGAAGGAAAUGAAUCUGUACGUUGGCCUGUCCGAUAUGCAGGUUCAAUGGUACAAGAAGAUUCUCGAAAAGGACAUCGACGCAGUCAACGGUGGCGCUGGCAAUAAAGAGUCCAAGACUCGUCUCCUCAACAUCGUCAUGCAGCUGCGCAAGUGCUGUAACCACCCUUACCUCUUCGAAGGCGCCGAGCCUGGCCCACCCUACACCACCGAUGAGCACCUGGUCAACAACGCUGCCAAGAUGGUUAUGUUGGACAAGCUUCUCAAACGCAUGAAGGCCCAGGGAAGCAGAGUCCUCAUCUUUUCCCAGAUGAGUCGUGUCUUGGACAUCAUGGAGGACUACUCGGUCAUGCGUGGAUAUCAGUACUGCCGCAUCGACGGUUCGACCGCCCACGAAGACCGCAUCGCAGCCAUCGACGAUUACAACAAGGAAGACUCAGAGAAAUUCCUGUUUCUCCUGACAACCCGUGCUGGUGGUCUGGGAAUCAACUUGACAUCCGCCGACAUUGUUGUGCUGUUUGACAGUGACUGGAAUCCGCAGGCCGAUCUUCAAGCCAUGGAUCGUGCCCAUCGUAUUGGUCAGAAGAAACAGGUUCACGUCUUCCGUUUCGUUACAGAGGGUGCCAUCGAGGAAAAGGUCUUGGAGCGUGCAGCACAGAAGCUGCGUCUCGAUCAACUGGUCAUUCAGCAAGGACGUUCGCAACAACCUGCUAAGAACGCCGCCUCGAAGGACGAGCUCCUCACCAUGAUUCAGCACGGUGCCGAGAAGGUCUUCAACAGCAAGGGUGCUGUUGGCGCAGCUGCUACUGGGGAUAUGGGCGACGAUGACUUCGACGCAGUUAUGAAGCGCGGUGAGGAGGCAACUGCGAAGCUGAACCAGAAGUACGAGAAGCUCGGUCUUGAUGACCUACAGAAGUUCACUUCUGACUCAACGUACGAGUGGAACGGUGAGACAUUCGAGCCUCGCAAGAAGGAUAUCGGCCUCAACUGGAUCAAUCCCUCCAAGCGUGAGCGCAAGGAGCAGAACUAUGGUAUCGACAAGUACUACCGCAAUGCGCUGGCGACUGGUGGCCGGACAGAGAGUAAGCAGCCUAGGGUCCCUCGUGCGCCGAAGCAGGUUGUCAUUCACGACUACCAGUUCUUUCCGGAGAAGCUUGCAGAACUCCAGGACAAGGAAACUGCCUGGUACCGAAAGGAGAACAGCCUCAAAGCGCCACUUCCUGAUGGUCCUGAUGAAGAUCUUGAGGCCCGUGAGGCUGACCAGGAGCUUGCGCAGAAGGAUAUCGAUAACGCCGAGCCAUUGACAGAGGAAGAAAAGGCCGAGAAGGAGCGUUUGAUUGAGCAGGGUUUUCCAGAGUGGAACAAGCGAGAUCUACAGCAAUUCCUGAAUGGCUCCGCUAAGUAUGGGCGACAAAACUUUGAAGGCAUCGCCGACGAAGUUGACGGUAAGGGUUCCGACGAGAUCAAGGAAUACGCCAAGGUCUUCUGGAAGAAGUACAAGCAGCUUGAGAACUGGCAGAAGUACAUCAACGUUGUCGAGGAGGGUGAGCAGCGUGUUCGUGAUUCGGAGAACAAGAAGCGCUUGCUCGCCAAGAAGAUCGGCAUGUACAGGAUGCCUCUGCAACAGAUGACCAUUAAGUACACCGUCUCGACAACAAACAAGAAGGUCUACACUGAAGAGGAAGACCGAUUCUUGCUUGUCAUGCUUCACAAGCACGGUGUCGAAGGCGAGAACAUCUACGACGACAUCCGCAACGAGAUCCGAGAAUCACCUCUGUUCCGUUUUGACUGGUUCUUCCUCAGCCGCACGCCCCAGGAGAUUGGUCGGCGUUGCACGACGCUCAUCCAGACGGUUGUUCGUGAGCUUGGCUGUGACACUGUCAAGAACGGCAAGGGCAAGCGUGCAUUUGAGGAAGAGGAGACCGAAGAGGAAGAGGAGGAGCCUGUCAAGAAGAAGGCCAAGAAUGGUGUCAAGAACAAGGCCCUCGACACAGUAAAGGGCAAAGCCUCUCCUGCAACGUCACGCGCGAGCAGUGUUGUCUCCACUGGCUCUGCCGGUAAGGGCAAGGCAAAGGGCAAGAAGAAAUAGACUUUCCGGGCCUCUACGAUGGCGGGUUGAAACGGUGUUUUGGCGCAUAGAAAGAUGGACACGGAUUCAUCAGGUCGAUUUGGCUCAAGUUUGGAAUGGGCGGGGCUCUUCUGUACAACACUACGACAGUCCUUGUUGAGCGUUCAUUUUAACGUCGUAAAGCUUGUAGGUUCAUGAGCAAGUUUUGUGGUAGGAUGUCAUGGAUACAGGCAAUCAAAUCAGAAGCAUGCCUCAUUCCUUGCUUGAAAUGUGGCGUUGUGGCGCAAAUGGGAAGACGCCCGCGUUUGAACGGCGCUAUGACGCGCCCC